AUGCAGGAAGCCCUGGACAUUCUGACCGGUGACGCUGGUGAAGGCGAUUCCCAGACACCGGAGGCACCGCUGAAGGGGCUGCAAGUCAUCAUGUCCAUGGGCUUCUCCAAGGAACAGGCCACGACGGCCCUGCAGAGGACGGGUGGAGAUGAGGAGGCGGCAAUUACCCUCCUCGUGGAACCCGACUCCCAGCCUCAAGAGCAGCGACCAGCCCCAAGAGCGCAAAGGGCGACUCAGACUCUGCAGAGCCGGGAGAGAUCCAGGUCUCGCAGCCCUCGCUUGGAGGCUCGGCCUGCGGCGGAUCGCAGAGUGCAGUCCACCAAGCGGCUGACGGCCUUCUCCGAUUCGGCGAAGCAGGCGGUGAUCGAAGCCCUGGGAGGCCCAGGUGGCAAGCGGAAAACCCAGGUGUCCAAGUCCAUCAAGCGGGGCCGCGUGUCUCAGUGGCAGCAUCAUUGGCAGAAGGAUCCAAGCGAAGAGCAGCUUGAGACUGCGUCGCCAGGUUACGCGAAACUCAAGGGUUACCAGAGAGUAGGGGUCCGCUACUUGCUUGCUUUGGCAAAGCUCGGGUGUGGUGGCAUUCUUGCUGAUGAGAUGGGCUUGGGAAAGACCGCUCAAGCAUUGGUGUUUCUGGACCUGUUGCCCACGAUCCUGAGUGACAAGCAGGGGCGUGCGAGGCAGAGACCAUCUCUGGUAGUUGUGCCUGCGACAGUCCUCGAGAACUGGGAACGAGAGUGUGCUCUCUGGUGCCCGCACUUCCGAGUCUUCCGAUAUCACGCUUCAAACAGAGAUGACCGGGCAGCCUUGGCUGAAGAGUUUGAGGACCAAUGGCAGCAAGGCGAGUCAGCAGUGGUACUCACUACUGCUGCCAUUCUCCGAAACAAGGAGGAUCAGCAACAUUUCUUCAGGAAGUUUCGCUUCGAAUGCGUGCUUUGUGAUGAGGCACAUGCCAUGAAGAAUGCGCAGACGAAUGCUUUCAGGAAUGUGACGCGCCACAUCCAAGCCAAGCGCCGCAUACUUCUUACUGGAACUCCGGUGCACAAUAACCUCGGCGAGCUCGCGAACCUUCUGAAGCUUCUUCUUCAGAGAGAGGGCGGAGUAAGCAGUCCAAUCAUCAAAGAACUGGAGCAGGUGGUGGAGCGACAGUCCUUACGGACCCUUCAAGCACGUGCCGCGCCUUUCAUGCUAAGGAGGCUGAAACGCAAUGUCAUGUCUGACCUUCCUCCGAAGACAUGCCAGCCUCUGCGCUGCCAGAUGACAGCUUCUCAAGAGAGCUUGUACUCUGAGGAGCUGAAAAAGGCAAAGCAAGAGUCGAAGAAUGUGAGGAGGACCAAGGCAGCCAAAAAUAAGUUUGUGAAGCAUCUCUUCGCACGAUUGCGCCGGCUUUGCAACCACCCGUUGCUCAUGCAAGCCAGACUAAGUGAGGCUGACUUUGCGAACCUGACAAAGCUGAUGCGAACAGUUCGCGAAGACUUUGCACGCGCUAGUUUCGAGAAGUGCCGAGAGUUUUUGAAAGAAAUGAGCGACUACGAGCUGGUGCAGCAGGUGCGGGAGUACAAUCUGCAGGGCAAGCUUGCAGACUUCGGCAUCGAGCCACGCAAACUCAGCAUCAACCGCGAUGAUAUCAUGAGCUCCGGUAAGAUUCAGGAGCUCUGUAAGAUACUGGAGAGUCAACGUGAGGCGAGCCGCAAAACUUUGGUGUUCUCUCAGUUCACCAUGUUCCUCGACAUCAUAGGAAGUGCGCUGGAGGCCCGGGACAUUCGCUUCGUUCGGGUGGAUGGUACCACCAAGAUUAGCGAGCGACAGGCGACGGUCGACAGCUUCCAGAAGGAGGGCUCUGGAGUUGAUGUUAUCAUCUCCUCGCUGAAGGCGGGUGGACAGGGUCUCAACCUGACGGCAGCGGACCGUGUAGUUCUGAUGGACCUGUCCUGGAACCCUCAGGACAAUCGUCAAGCAGAAGACCGAGCACACAGGCUGGGCCAGACGCGGCCAGUCACCGUGACCUACAUGACGUGCAAAGGCACCGUCGAGGAGAAGGUCGUGAAGUGCAACAUUUCGAAGAUGCAGCUGGACUACGAGUUCGGAGGCCAGAGAAGCGCCCUGGAGGAAGCGGAGGCCCGACUCGACGAGGAAGGCCAAGGCAGCGGCAGCUCGGAGAGCGAAGGCGAAGGCGAAGAGCUCGAGGAACCCAAGGGCAAGAGCUUCGAAGACGAAGUCUGCAACGAGUUUGCUCAAGAGCUGGGCCUUUAA